GCUUCUUCCACUCUGUUGUUUGUGACAGUGGUGCCCUCAAGUGUGCCCUCAAGGCAGCCAGGAGGAGCUUCGCUGGAACAGGGGCGGCCGACCGCAGGGACAUGAGGCGAUGAGCGAGGCGGCCGGAGACCUGCCGGAGUCUCCGGACGCGGCCUGUCCAGCGGCGCCCUGGCUGCCGGCCAACGGCUGUCUGGAGAUGCCCUCGCUCUGCUACCAAAGCGGCCCGCCCUUCGACCAGGGAUACCACCACCCGGACGACCUCGGGGCACUGGCAGAUGCCAUGGAGCCCCUUUCCUCCCACCACCACCACCACCAUCAUCAUGCGCUCUCGUCAUCGUCGUCGGACCCCUACGGAAGCGCACUCGCAGACCACGGCCGGGAGGGCUCGCUGCGCCUGCCGCCGGUUUCGACCAUCAUGCAGGCCGCCAAGGAGAGCUUCGAGCUGCCCCAGGAACCGGCGCUGGCAGACGGCCGGCCGCCGCAACGCCAUCGGCACGCUCUCCUGGACACGGAGCAGACGCACUUCCUGGCAGCACAGCCGUCGGACGCUGCCAACCCGCUGCUCCACGGCGCCCCGCUCGGCCCUGGCGACCUCCUUGACUCGCCGGGGCUCGCCGAAGUGGGCCAGCAGCGCGACUCCGGGGAACACUCCGGCGGCGACAGGCCGGGCAACGGCGUCGGGUCGGCAUCGGCGCAGGCGAUGCUGUCGCUGGCGGAGCAGUGGGCGCGGGACGCUGGGGCACCGUCGGCGCUUCGGAGGCCGUCGCCCACCAGCUCGGCGGCAGAAGACUCGUCGCCAAUGGCGGCUCGCGACGGGCUCCUCUCAGAGGGCUCGCUGUCGCCGCAGUCGAGCGGCGAGGCGCCGCCCGCGCUCCUUCCGGUCAUUCCGUCCCUCUUCUCGUUGAGCGGCGGCCUGCAGCCGCUGCCCCCACUCCUGCUGUCGAGCGUGCUCCCGUCAACGCUGGCUCAACUCCGGCCCGACGAAGCGCCGGCGUCGUCGGGGCCGUCGCAGGUCCGGAUCAAGCAGGAACCAUCGGAGGACGAGGCGCCGCGUGGCAGCACCAAAGCGCCGCGGCGUGGUGGCGACGGCAGUGCGCCUCUGCCGUCGGGCGAUCCCGCGAAGCCGUUCCAGUGCGGGCUGUGCGGCAAGCACCUGGCAUCCAAGAACGUGCACCAGCUGCACAUGCGGUCGCACUCGGGGGAGAAGCCGUUCACGUGCGCGCUGUGCGGCCACCGGUUCUCGCAGAAGACGUCGCUGACACGGCACAUGCGUUCGCACACAGGCGAGCGCCCGUUCCCAUGCGAGGUGUGCGGCAAGCGCUUCGCAGACAAGGAGCGCAUCAAGAUCCACAUGCGUACGCACACGGGGGAGAAGCCGUUUGCGUGCGAGGUGUGCGGCAAGACCUUCUCGCAGAAAUCGACGGUCAAGCGGCACAUGAGCGUGCACACGGGCGAAAAGCCCUUCAAGUGCCCCGUGUGCGCCAAGGGCUUCGCGAACCGGGGGAACCUCAACGCCCACGCCAAGACGCACGCCCACAGCUGAGCGGAGGCCCCACCAGGUGCCCCAAGGGAGUCUUGGCAUGACUUGUUUUCUCCGGGGCCGGCGACGUGUCGUCGUUUCAUUGUUGUUGUUGUUGUUGUUGA